AGAGACAGAGACAGAGAGGAACCAAGCGGAUGAAAUACCCAUACUGAGCUCAGAGCAUUUCCUGUCCUUUGAAAAAGGAAUAGUGAAGUCUUGUCAGUUACAGCAUGUUAACACUGGAUAACUAAGCUAAUGCUUCAGAUCUUGAUGAACUCAGAUCAGGCCUACCACCGAGAAGCAAAGGAAAGUGAGUUUCCACUAUAUUUGAAAAGUGUGCCCUGAAGUGAAGGUGCUGUCAGGAUGAUCACUGGAUUUUCCAAAUCUCCUGGCCAGCAAGGGCCCCAGCAUGAGAGUUAUGAAGAAAAAUAUGAGCGCCGGCGUGAGAAGCACGAAAGCCUGCUCAGAAGAAACAACAGGACCACAUGCCGUCUCACAAGCAAAUGCCAAAGCAAAGAAGCAAAGGAACCAGUGCAGAGCCCCCGACAAAAGGAAUUCUUCCGAAGAAGGAAUUUAAUGACUGAAGAGCUUGGAAGGACAAAAAUGAUGUUGCCUCCUGGCAAGAAAAUAUCCUUGUGUCCUGUAAACAGUUCUGACAAUCUAGGGGGAAUACCACUUCAGACCUAUCUGAGCUAUUUGUCUAACAGCCAGCUUCCUACCAAAUCUAUACAACACAAGUCCAGUAAUACUUUCCCACCUGGCAAAUUAUCUCAGAGCAUGCUCAUUUUGAAUGUUACCAAAAUCUGUAAAGGUACACAAACCACAAAAGAACUGAGCACUGAAAAGAAAAAUUCAGGUCAGCAAACAGAUUGUGGAACAGCAAUUUUAGAUAAGGAAAUCAUUCAACUUUCUAACUACCUCAAUGAGGCACUACAUCGAGAACUAGUAUUGAAGCAGAAGAUGGUGAUUUUACAAGAGCUUUUAGCCAUGUUGCUAGAAGCAGCAGAAAGAUCUUGGAAGGGUCAGUUUAAUGAAGACAAACUCAAAUGCAGGCUGGGUGUGCUGGAGAAUCAACUGCAAAUCUGUACCCAGAGUUAUUCAAAACGGGGCUUAAAAAGGAUUCUCCUGGAGAUGGAAGAUCAAAAGCAGAACUAUGAGCAGAAAGUAAAAGAAUCUCUUCAGAAACUGCUUGAGGAGAAAAUGCAGGCACAAAAGCAACUUCAGAAUGCCCAGAGAGCCCUAACUGCUGCUGAGGAUGACUGUACCCUCUGGAAAGAUCAACUUAACACCUUAAAAAAAGAUUGGAGCCAACUAACUGACCAGCACACUGAAGUCCAAAACAAGCUGCAUAUCUUGGAGAAUAAACUGCAGUGGUCAGACACCCAGAACUCUCAACUUCAACAAGCCCUAAAAGACAUGGAGGAUGAACGUGUGAGUCUAUAUUCAAGAAUUGAUAAUUUGCAAGAAGAAAAGAGACUCACAAUGGAAUACCUCAGUGAAGUGGAAGGCAAGCUGCAAGCUGAAGAAAGGCAAAAACUGAUAUUGGAGGCAACAGCUGAACAUCUUCAAAAGCAGGCUGUCACAAUGCCCAGUGAAGUCCUCAGUUGGGUAAGAACUAAGCAGAAUGUCCAUUCAGAGGAUCAGGAGGGAGGGAAAAAGAGCAGCCUGCAGGAACAGCUGCAAAAAAGAACAUCCGAGGUUGCAGCUAAGCAAAAAGAGUGCACUGACCUCCGUCAUGAACUAGAGGUCCUGAAUGAUGAGUACUGCAAUUGCCUUGCCAAGUUACAGCAGUGCCGUGAUGAACUCAAGCACUCUCAAAGCAAGCAGGUCCUGAAAAAUCGUGAUCACUGGAUUCCUAUCAUAAUGGUAAUAAUAGCAACAGCUCUGGUAUCUUAUUUAAGCAACUUUACACCUUGAACAUACCUUGUCUUAUUUGCAUGCUACUGACUGCACUGUAGCAGUCUACAUUAUCCAAAAUGGUUAGUAUUUUAAUUUUAAAAUUUAUUAUAAAAUUAGGGACUGCAUAUUGCACUGAAGGAAUUUGUCUGCUUGACUUUGUGUAUUGCUUAGUUUUUGUAUUGUUAUUAAAACACAAAGCUAUAAAAAUGGUUUGUAUGCAUAUCCAUAUAUCAUUGACCUCUAUAUCCACUGGCACAGUAGCCAUUCUUGCAGUUUCAAAAACCUUCAGUUCCUCAAUACACGUAUGUGUU